AGUUUCUCUCUCUCUCUCUCUCUGAAUCUUCCUCGCUCAACACCCAUUCUUCUUGAAGCUCUCUUUCUUCCUCACUCUGAAUCUCUCUCUCUCUCUCUCUCUGUGGGAUUGAAGUCCCUACUCUUGUUGGGACCGGUAUAGGUUGGGGCUCUUCAUUUUACGGGGAUGGCCGAGGUUCGUGACCCGGGUGAAGAAAUUGUUUACUGUGAAGUGAAGCAAGAAACGAUCGUUUUGUGGGCUGAAGGUGAAGCAGGAAAUGCUGAAAAUGAUUCGGAUUCUGUCUCUGGAGAAUCCAGCGUUAAAGAAAAGCAAGAAAAGGUUGUCUCUUUUGUUGAAAAGAAGCAAGAAAUUGAGAAAGAAAGGUAUGUUUCCAUGUCUGAACCCAGGAAUUGUGAGGGUAAGCUUGAAGAUUCAAACUGUUUCGCAAGGAACAGUCCUGAAAACCCUAUAAAAAACCUCGAGCGAGAUAGUUUCUUUGGAGUGAAAGAAGGGGUGGGUAAUUGCAGCGUGAAACUAACCGAAGAAGGCUUCGAAGUAAUGGGGUAUUUGUCUGAAACAGGGGAAAGUAAUCUGGAAUCGAUGGAUGGAUCUGAAAAACUCGUUGAGGUGAUUAACUGUUCAAAUAGAUGUGAGAAUAGCUCGAACAAUAUCUUGGGAACAGAAGAAAAACAUCCUCUGAUGGAAUCUGCAUUGGGUUCCAUUCUUGAAGCACAAAAGACUUGUUUUGAGGAUAUUGGCUCCAAGAGUCAUGGAGAAAGCACGGAAGAAACCAAUCAGGAACAUGGGUCGGUGGCAGUUGAAGCUCAUGGAUGCGUAAAUUGGGUUACGGAGAUGGAAGACAUGCAGGAAAUGGUGGGAAAUCAAGGUGAGAAGAUGAAAGGUUUCAAUGGGCCGGAGAAUCUUGUUGAAAUUGAAAAUUCGUCGUCAAAUGCAGUGAAAUGUGAAAUUCCAGUCAUUUUUCCCGUUUCUGUCUUUGGAAAUGGAAGUGACAGUGGAAAGAAGGGCAUAGGAGGACCAAUGAAUGCGCAGAAAAAUGGAACGGAAGGAAAGAAGGAUAAGUUCUACAAGAGAUCGGCCAAAGGCAUGAAGAAUGUUUCUGAUGGAAAUGGGAAGCAGAAUAUGCUUAGCCUUGUGAGUGAAGGUCGAAAUGUUUCCCUAAAAAGAGGUGAUGGAUUAAAGAUUAGUUACUCAAGAAAUGAGCUGGAAGCUCUGAGGUUUGUUCAUGUUGAAGGACAGCGAAUCAUGUGGAAUGAAAUAUGCCACAGGCUGGGGCCUUCUGUGGGUCGGGAGCUUAAGGGCAUGGUGGGUACUAAACAUCAGAGACAAGGAAGUAGAGACGUUGAGCAUCACCAAGGAAAUGUGAAGAAGAAAGAGCAUUUUCCAGUUUUCGGUGAAGUGUGUUCCCAGAAUCUGGAGAAUGAUUUCACACAAUUGAAUCCCUUGGAUCUUUCAUGUGGUGAUAAUGGUAACAGUAAUGAUAACUACUCUAUCAUUGAGGAUGAGUGCACUGAAGAUGGGGACAGUGACUAUGAAAACAUUCAGAGACGUGCUUUUUUAGUUGAAGGGGAACCUGAUUUUGAGUCUGGGCCCCCGCAAGAUGGUCUUGAAUAUCUUCGGCGUGUCAGGUGGGAAGCUUCACGUAUCCCAAAAGUGAAAGUGGCAAAGCUUGAUCGGACCAAGCUUAACAGUGAUCAGAUGGUUUAUAUGCCCAAGAUUCCAGAUAUUGUGAAGUGCCCAGAGCACCUUCUGCCAAUGAAACAAUGGGAGGAUGCUUUCCUUGCUGAUUUUUCAGAACUGAGGAUGGCUCUAUCAUGCAUGGGGAGUGGUGACCCUUGGAAUUCUUCCCAUCCGCCGUCAUUCUUGAAAUUUGUUGAAGAUGACAACUGCCAGCAUCAUGGGAACAUUGAUAUUCAAACUUCCGAUUACCUGCAAUCGCUUAUGACUGCUGAAGAUGACACUUCCCUGCAUCUCGAGACUUCUUGUCCUGAAAUUUUUGAAAGUUCACAAUCUGUUCUGAUGGAAUAUGAAGAGAAUACCAGCCAGCCUAUCAAAAGUUGCACUCUUGAAACUUCUGGUAAGCAUCAGUCUGUGUCUGCCAAUAAUAGUCGUCCUGCCCUCUUGGUAAUUUUAAGGAUGAGCCCUGUAUCUCGAGUUUCAAUGCUAAAGAGACGCAUAGACUCCUUUGAAACUGCUGGUGUGUUGUCAAGGAACAAUGGUGAAUGGUUAUUUGCUCUGUGUGCGGCCAUAGAUGCUCCACUUGAUGCUGACAUGUGUGCGUCCAUGCGAUGUUUGCUGCGCAAGUGUGCAAGCUUGAGGGCGGAAAAAUGUGAAGUUGAUGAUGAGGUUGUGAUGCUGAACAUACUGGCGACAAUGUCUGGGAGAUACUUUGGGCAGGCAGAGAACUGAAGGCAUUAACUGAAAAUGAUAGCUCCACAAUGAUAUACUUUGGGUAGGGUCUUGGUUUUUCCAUUGAGGGCUCUCCCUCAUCUAAUGUUUCUAUGGUAGUCCAAAAAUAGGUAUAUAUGACUUGAGUUUUUAUAUAAUUAAUAGAGAGGUUCUGAGGGUAUAUCCUGAA